UAGAACAAUGUAAACCGAAGGAUACACUAUUAUACGUCUAUACCUCAGGCACUACUGGUUUACCUUAGGCAGCUGUCAUUACUUACUUAAAGUUCGAAAUGAAUUUUUCUCCCAAUUUGUUUAAUAGAUAUUUAUGAUCACUUUCAGAUAUCUGUUUAUAGCGGCGGGAACUCAUUACAUGGUAGCCGUUAGGCCAAACGAUAUUGUUUACAAUGCUUUGCCUUUAUAUCAUACCGUUGGCGGUAUAAUAGGAGUGGGUAACGCUUUGAUUUUUGGCUGUACCGUAGCAUUACGUAAAAAAUUCUCAGAUUCUAACUUUUGGAAAGAUUGUAUAAAAUACAAAGCCACUGUAGUUCAAUACAUAGGCGAAUUGUGUCGGUAUUUAUUGACCACGCCUAGGAAACUUGAAGACACUUUGCAUAACCUAAGGUUAAUGUACGGCAAUGGUUUAAGGCCACAAAUUUGGUCACAGUUAACAACGCGUUUUAACAUACCCAACAUAGGAGAAUUGUACGGUUCCACCGAAGGCAAUUCCAUUUUAGCCAAUGUUGCCAAUCAAGUGGGCGCUGUUGGUUUUAUACCCAUCAUAGCUCGCACUUUGUAUUCGGUACAGGUAAUACGUGUAGAUGAAGAAUCGGGCGAACCUAUAUGUAAUCACAAUGGCCUUUGCGAACGUAGUGCAGCCGGUGAAACCGGAUUGCUGGUGGCUAAGGUCGAUCCACGGCGAGCUGUUACAUCUUUUCAUGGUUACGCCGAUCAAAAGGCUUCGGAAAAGAAAUUGUUACGCAAUGUUUUUAAAAAGGGCGACGUAUAUUUUAAUUCAGGCGACUUGAUCGUGGUAGACAUUUUGGGGUAUUUCUAUUUCAAAGAUCGGACAGGCGAUACAUUUCGUUGGCGUGGUGAAAAUGUGUCUACAGAAGAAGUGGAAGCAAUUAUAACCAAUGCUAUAGGCCUACAAGAUUGUGUUGUACAUGGAGUGGAUAUUCCUUAUGUCGAAGGCAAAGCUGGAAUGGCUGCAAUUGAGGAUCCUGAACAUAAAGUAGACUUAAAUCAUUUAUCUGUGGGUAAACGUGGUAGUUUGCCGUCUUACGCUCAACCUUUGUUCGUACGAUUGAUGGCAGAAACUCCUCGCACAAGCACUUUUAAAAUGAAGCAAUGUGAAUUAAUGCUACAAAGUUUUAAUAUACAUAAAAUCUCUGACCCUUUAUAUUAUCUGAACAAAGAUGGUGUCCACAGACCCUUAAGCGAGGAACAAUACCAACUAAUAUUGGGUGGUAAAGCGGGUCUCUAAUGUUUACGUUUACGUUGAUAGAUGCAUUUGUUAUUUUUAAGUGAAACUCCAUUGUUUUUAGGCUAUAAAGCAUUCUCUUACAUCCAAUGCAUAAUUUUUAUCUAUUUAUUGUUUACGUUUUUCAUCUU